CAUUACCUUACAAUCUGCUUUGUCUUGAGAAUAAUCGCUGUUUGUGUUGACCGACUGAUCAAGAACAAUCGACAUGUCUUCGUCCCCAGCUACAAAAGGAAAGCCUGCAAAGAUCCCACGUCCAAUGAACGCCUUCAUGAUCUUUGCAAGAGAGUAUCGCCCAAAGGUGAAGAAGGAACAUCCAGCAGAGGAGAAUCAUGUCAUCAGCAUAAGACUGGGCAAGCUGUGGGCAGCCCUGGGUGAUGUGGAGAAGGAUCACUACCAGGACCUGUCUAGAGAGGCUGUCAACGAGCACAGGAGGAAGUACCCAGAUUACAGGUAUGAGCCGAAGCCAAAGAUCAAGAAGAAGCGCCGUUAUGACCAGUAUCUAUUGAUGGACAGACUGCGGACGGCAGCAGCAGAUGCUGCACGGGAACAGAGGGAGGAAGAAGAGGCAGCCAGGAACAUCAAGAUCACAGCAUCUGUUGCAACACCUUCACCUGCAGCACCAACCUACAGCUCUUCCCAUUCCCCCUGGGGCACUCACCCUUCCCUUCCCUCACACCUCCCAGCUACAGGACUUCCCCAGAACUAUUACUACCCACAAGCCCCCAACAUCAUCCCUGCCCACUCACAGCCGACCAAGUCUGCCUACCUCCCUAGGCACUUCAGCCAUGGGGCUCCUGUACCGUAUCACUACGCCGGCCCCUACAAUCCAGUGAUGUCCCGAGGGGAUCUUGGACAGCCCCUAGACAUGACAGUCUGCAGGAACAUCAGACCACCAUCUGAAGUCCCUGGCAAGGUGUACUGUGAGCUGACCACACCGGCCCAGAGGAGCACAGGGGAUGUGUCCACUCACUGCAUCCAUGACUGGUCAUCACGAGCCACAACGGGCUACCAGAGUCACUGGUCAGAUGGUUUCAGAUUGGAUGCAACUGCUUGCCACCCCACCGAAGGUCCUGGCCGGACCAUGUCCUACAUGGGUCCUGCUAUGUACAGUGAGAGAUCAGUCCCCACCAGCCACACCUCAGCCACUGCCCCGGGAACCUCUACCAAGCUCGAUACCAGUAAACCAGACCUGGUGUGGAUCCCCUGUGAGCCCGAGUUUGCUCGGAAGAUGGGAUGGCCUCUAGAUCCCAGCAUGCAACAUCACACUACAAACCCCAGCACCCAGUCCUAGAGAUGACACACACCCAUGUGAUGCCAAUGCUAGGGUUUUCUUUGACACUCAAACUUGAGAAGACAAAGCCAUCUCUCUGGUUUAAACAGAAUGAAAGAAAUGUAAAAUAUGCGUAUCGUCCUUGUAAGUAGUUCUCAGAUCUUCAUUAUUGAUCUAAUUUAUGAUGUGCAGCAAGAAAUUGCCAUUAAAAUAAAACAAAUUCAAGUGUG